GAGGAGCUGCCAGUGUUCAGGAGCAGUGAGGGCUGAAGAGCGCUGAGCGAGGAGGGACAGCUUGGGAUCUGAUGAGGGAUUCACACCCCGGCUUAUCCCCUCUCUUUAUGGAAUGUUGCUGGUAACUCUCUCCCUGCUGUGUUCUGUGCAUUUAGCUCAUUUGGAGGAUGCUGGCACAAGUUUAUAUUUUGUGAACACUUCUUUGCUGCAGAUCACAUUCUCAAGCACUGUGGGGGUGUUCAUCCCCUGCCCGGCUGCCGGAUCCCCUAGUGCAACCCUUCGAUGGUACCUUGGGACAGGAGAUGACAUUUAUGAUGUGCCACACAUUAGGCAUGUACAUGCCAAUGGCACACUUCAGCUGUACCCUUUCUCCCCGUCCGCUUUCAAUAGCUUUAUACAUGACAAUGACUAUUUCUGCACAGCCGAGAACUCCGCAGGCAAGAUUCGGAGUCCGAACAUUCGUGUCAAAGCAGUUUUCAGGGAACCAUAUACCGUUCGAGUGGAGGAUCAGCGCGCCAUGCGGGGAAGCGCAGCUGUCUUUAAGUGCCUCACCCCUCCCUCUGUGCAGGAAUAUGUUAGUGUGGUGUCCUGGGAAAAGGAUACUGUGUCUCUCACAUCAGAGGGUAGGUUUGUUACCUCCCCUUCAGGUGCUCUGUAUAUCUUGGAUGUACAGAAGGAAGAUGCCCUGUCCACAUAUCGCUGCAUCACAAGGCAUCGCUACAGCGGGGAGACACGACAGAGCAAUGGUGCACGGCUUCUUGUUUCAGAUCCUGCCGAGUCUGUCCCUGUGCUGCUUGAUGGGUUUCAGUCACAAGAAGCUCUUGUGGGGGAAACCGUGGAACUGCCUUGCAUUGCAUCAGGAUAUCCUAACCUAGCUAGCCGCUGGAUUAAAGAUGGCCGCCCAGUGCCAUCUGACAGUCGAUGGAGCAAACGCAGCACUGGUUUGAGUAUGGCUGAUCUGAGACUCGAGGAUAGUGGCACCUACAUUUGUGAAAUUACAAACAGCUUUGGCUCUGCAGAAGUCACUGGUACAUUGACUGUCAUAGAGCCUCUCCGUGUGACUCUUUCUCCUAAAAAGCUAAAAACUGGAAUUGGUAGCACAGUCAUUUUAUCUUGCUCUCUCAGUGGAUCUCCAGGUUACAUUGUGCGCUGGUACCGGAACACAGAGCACAUUGAGGCAGAUGAAUUUAUCUCCAUCCGUGGGGCAGAUAAUGAAACACUAGUGAUAAGCAGUGCUCAGAAGAGCCACUCAGGGGCAUACCAGUGCUUUGGAACCCGCAAGAAACAAACUGCACAGGACUUUGCUAUUGUAGUUUUAGAGGAUGGUACACCUCGCAUCCUCUCCUCCUUCAGUGAGAAAGUAAUGAACCCAGGGGAGCAAUUUUCACUAAUGUGCUCAGCCAAGGGAGCUCCACCACCCACCAUAACCUGGACCCUGGAUGAUGAACCCAUCCAACGGGACUCUGGACACCGCUCUAAUCAGUAUACCACUGCUGAUGGUAGCACAGUCAGUUACAUGAAUGUGAGCAGCCCACAGAUCCUGGAUGGGGGGGUGUACAGAUGUGCCGCUCGCAACUCUGUGGGGAGUGCAGAGUAUCAAGCUCGAAUAAACGUAAGAGGACCUCCGAGUAUCCGACCCAUGAAGAAUCUGACAGCAGUGGCAGGAAGAGACAGCUUCAUUCACUGCCGAGUCAUCGGUUAUCCCUACUAUUUCAUCAGUUGGUACAAGGAUUCUCUUUUGUUGCCCGAUAACCACAGACAAGUGGUAUUUGAGAAUGGGACUCUGAUGCUGAGCGAUGUUCAGAAAGGGAUGGAUGAAGGAGAAUAUCUAUGCAGUGUACUCAUACAACCUCAGCUCUCAAUCAGCCAAAGUGUCCAUGUUACUGUCAAAGUGCCCCCACUGAUCCAGCCUUUUGAGUUUCCUCCUGCUUCCAUCGGACAACUGCUUUACAUUCCUUGUGUGGUGUCUUCGGGGGAUAUGCCUAUUCGUAUUACUUGGCGUAAAGAUGGACAGGUGAUUGUUUCCGGAUCUGGAAUUACUAUUGAAACCAAGGAGUUUAUGAGCUCCCUGCAGAUUUCCAGCGUGUCACUCAAGCACAAUGGGAAUUACACUUGUAUAGCAAGUAAUGAUGCAGCCACUGUGAGCCGGGAGAGACAGCUUAUUGUAAGAGUGCCACCCAGAUUUGUGGUUCAGCCAAACAAUCAGGAUGGAAUCUAUGGCAAAGCUGGAGUACUGAAUUGCUCAGUGGAUGGAUACCCUCCUCCAAAAGUUGUGUGGAAGCAUGCUAAGGGAAGUGGGAACCCCCAACAAUACCACCCUGUGCCACUAACUGGCCGCAUCCAGAUUCUUCCUAACAGCUCCCUUCUUAUCCGUCAUGUGCUAGAGGAGGAUAUUGGUUAUUACCUUUGCCAGGCAAGCAAUGGAGUGGGCACUGACAUCAGCAAGUCUAUGUUCCUUACCGUGAAGAUACCAGCAAUGAUCACUUCUCACCCAAAUACAACUAUUGCCAUCAAAGGUCAAACGAAAGGCCUUAACUGCACAGCACGAGGAGAACGCCCCAUUAUAAUCCGCUGGGAAAAAGGAGAUACAGUGAUAGACCCAGACAGGAAUUUACGCUACCUAAUUGCUACCAAGGACAGCGGGGAUGAGGUUAUCUCCACUCUGACGCUUAAGCCAGCAGAAAGAGGGGACUCUGUGUUUUUUUCGUGCCAUGCAAUAAACUCAUAUGGAGAAGACAGAGGCCUGAUACAACUUACUGUGCAAGAGCCUCCUGAUCCCCCUGAGCUGGAGGUCCGGGAAGUGAAGGCUCGUAGCAUGAAUCUACGCUGGACUCAGAGAUUUGAUGGAAACAGCAUUAUAACAGCUUUUGAUAUUGAGUAUAAGAAUAAAUCAGAUUCCUGGGAAUUUAAGCAGUCCACUCGUAAUAUAUCACCCAUCAUCAACCAAGCCAACAUAGUUGAUUUGCAUCCAGCGUCAGUGUACAGCAUACGCAUGUAUUCAUUUAACAAGAUUGGCCGUAGUGAGCCCAGCAAAGAGCUUACAAUCAGCACAGAAGAGGCAGCUCCUGAUGGUCCACCCAUGGAUGUCACCUUACAGCCAUUGACAUCACAAAGUAUACAAGUAACCUGGAAGGCCCCCAGGAAAGAACUACAGAAUGGUGUAAUUCGGGGUUACCAAAUUGGUUAUCGGGAGAAUGGGCCUGGCAGUAAUGGCCAGUAUAGUAUUGUGGAGAUGAAGGCCACCGGGGAUGCAGAGGUAUACACAUUGGACAACAUGAAGAAGUUUGCACAGUAUGGAGUUGUUGUUCAGGCGUUCAAUCGAGCCGGAACUGGUCCAUCCUCAACUGAAAUUAAUGCUACCACUCUGGAAGAUGUUCCAAGUAAGCCCCCAGAGAAUGUCCGAGUUCUGUCAAUCACUUCUGAUGUGGCAGUCAUCUCCUGGUCUGAGCCUCCUCGCAACUCUCUCAAUGGUGUAUUGAAAGGAUACAGAGUCAUAUUCUGGUCUCUAUAUCCAGAUGGGGAAUGGGGGGAGAUGCAGAAUAUAACCACUCCUCGAGAGCGAGUAGAGCUUAAGUCGCUUGAGAAAUUUACCGAUUACAGUGUGCAAGUGUUGGCUUACACCCAAGCAGGUGAUGGUGUGAGAAGUGAUGUUCUUUACCUGCAGACCAAGGAAGACAUUCCUGGACCUCCGGCUGGUAUUAAAGCUGUGUCUUCCUCAUCCAGUAGUGUAGUAGUGUCCUGGUUGCCCCCAACUAAACCUAAUGGCAUAAUCCGAAAAUACACUAUUUUCUGCUCCAGCCCAGGAUCAGGACAGCCUGCACCUAGUGAAUAUGAGACAAGCCCUGAGUUCCUGCAUUACCGUAUCAUGCACCUCCUCCGGGGACAGCAGUACAUGCUGUGGGUUGCAGCAGUGACAUCAGCUGGACGUGGGAAUUUUAGCGAAAAGGUCAUGAUUGAGCCAGCUGGAAAAGCUCCAGCCAAGAUUAUUUCAUUUGGUGGCACAGUAAGCACCCCCUGGAUGAAGGAUGUCCGCUUGCCUUGCAGCUCAGUGGGGGAGCCAGCACCUGCUAUUAAAUGGACCAAAGACAGUGAAGACUCUGCAAUACCAGUAGCUCUAGAUGGGCAUCGACUGAUUCACUCCAAUGGGACACUUACCUUGCGUUCUGUUAAAGCUGAAGAUUCUGGUUACUACACUUGUACUGCCACCAAUACAUGGGGAUUUGACACCAUAAUUGUUAACCUACUAGUCCAAGUUCCACCUGAUCAGCCUCGCCUCACAGUCUCUAAAACUUCAGCAUCCUCUAUCACUCUGGCCUGGAUUCCUGGCGAUAAUGGAGGAAGUUCAAUCCGAGGUUUUGUCCUUCAGUACUCUGUAGAUAACAGUGAGGAAUGGAGAGAUGUAUUUAUCAGCUCAUCUGAGCGGUCCUUCCGCUUGGAGAAUUUGCGCUGUGGAACAUGGUACAAAGUCAAAUUGGCUGCAAAGAACAGUGUUGGGGCCGGAAGAAUAAGUGAAAUAAUUGAGGCCAAGACUCAUGGCAGAGAGCCAUCAUUUAAUAAAGAUCAGCCCCUCUUCACCCAUGUUAACUCUACUCAUGCACGCCUAAAUCUCCAUGGCUGGAAUAGUGGUGGUUGUCCAAUCACCUCUGUGAUCCUAGAAUACCGCCCACAGAACACUUGGCCAUGGCAGAGCCUUCGUGCCAAUGUAACAAGUGAUGUUUUCUUGACUGAACUUCGUGAAGCCACCUGGUAUGAGCUGAAGAUGCGGGCUUGUAAUAGUGCAGGCUGUGGGAAUGAAACCUCAAGGUUUGCCACUCUGGACUAUGAUGGAAGUACCAUUCCACCCAUUAAGUCUGCCCAAGGUGAGGGAGACGAUGUGAAGAAGCUCUUCUCCAUUGCCUCCCCAGUGAUCCUGGCCACCCUGGGGGUUGCUCUUUUAUUCAUUAUACGCAAGAAGAGAAAAGAGAAGAGGCUAAAGAGGCUUCGAGAUGCUAAAAGUCUGGCUGAGAUGCUUAUCAGCAAAAACAAUCGUAGUUUUGACACUCCAGUAAAGGGACCCCCUGCUGGUCCACGGCUUCAUAUUGACAUUCCCAGAGUACAGCUUCUAAUUGAGGAUAAGGAGGGCGUCAAACAGCUUGCAGGGGAUGAUAAAGCUACCUUGCCAGUGACAGAUGCUGAGUUUAGCCAGACGGUAAAUCCUCAGAGUUUUUGCACAGGGGUUUCCCUACAUCACCCUGCACUGAUCCAGAACACAGGGCCUCUAAUUGACAUGUCUGACAUACGUCCUGGAACAAAUCCAGUUUCUCGAAAGAGUGUGAAGUCUGCUCACAGCACUAGAAACAGGUAUUCCAGUCAGUGGACUCUAACAAAGUGCCAGAGCUCCACCCCUGCACGAACACUGACUUCUGAUUGGAGGACUGUUGGGUCACAGCAUGGCAUCACCGUUACAGAGAGUGACAGCUACAGUGCUAGUCUUUCUCAGGAUACAGACAAAGGCCGGAAUAGUAUGGUCUCUACAGAGAGUGCAUCCUCAACAUAUGAGGAGCUUGCUCGAGCAUAUGAACACGCCAAGUUAGAAGAGCAGCUACAACAUGCAAAGUUUGAAAUUACAGAAUGUUUCAUUUCGGACAGUUCUUCUGAUCAAAUGACAACAGGGACCAAUGAGAAUGGAGACAGCAUGACAUCUAUGAGCACGCCUUCAGAACCAGGCAUUUGUCGCUUUACUGCAUCACCUCCCAAGCCACAGGACAGUGAUCCUACCAAGAAUGUAGCUGUUCCUAUUCCUCACCGAGCUAAAAGUGAAUAUUGCAAUUUGCCACUCUACAUGAAAUCUGAGCCCCACUUUCGCAAGCCAGACCCUCAUGAUUCUUGUCCUGUGGUACCACCACGUGAGGCCUCCAUGCGCAACCUGAAUCGGAGUUACCAUUCUCGGCACCUUACCCUAGAACCAGGGGCCAAGCCCCCACCUGGACUGUCACACCCUACCCCUUCUGGUGUCAGUUUACCUCAGCGGACUCUGCUUUUGGCUGGAGCCUCAGCCUCUGCUCCUUCAGCACCAGCAGCCACAGCACCAUCAGCUCCAGCUGAUCCCACCCCAUCUGUUGGACCUGUAGAAAACCGCCUGCCUACUCAGCACAGCAAGAUGGGUGGCUCCAGAGACUCUCUACUGGAAAUGAGCAGUUCUGGAGGUAGCCGGGCACAGAAGCAAGGAGCUGGAGCUUACUCCAAAUCUUAUACACUGGUCUGACACCAACCAUGCCCUCCCCCAUACCACAGCACUCCCCAUCCCUUCACAGACUGCAGAGACCCACUCCCUUUCGCAGUGUCUUGGCUGUAUUUCUAUAUUUUAAAAAAUGUUUAAAAAAAAAAAAAAAAAAAAAAAAGAAGAAAUAAGGACAAAUGGAGCAAAAGAAACAGAAAAAACUUGAUGAUAAAAUACAUUUUUGUAUGAAAAAUAGCUAUUUUCUUCUUCGGGAUAAAAAAAAUUAAGAAAAGAAAUAUGCAUUUUAUCUAUGGAACCUGAGAAGAGCGCGUGAUAAAUACAUGCUGUUUACACUCUUGAUAUAACUUGAGGCAAGUGCAAUGAUGUUAGGGUUGAUGGUACGGUCUGUGGCUGUGUGCCUGGAGCUGGAUGAGUACUAACUGUGUGUUCUGGAGACAGAAAAAUAAUUAGGAUAGGGCUAGGACUGUGUAACAAGGGAAAGAUCAAGAGCUAGAGAAAGUUACAGUGUGCACAGCUGACAGAAAUAUAGGUCCCCUAUUGAGACUGACAACUGGCCGAGCUCCUGCAAGUUACAGGAAAGCUAUGGAUAUUCUUUUUAUAAUGCACAAAAGCCAUGAUUAACCUGUAAAAUAAAGCCUUCUAAACUGUGA